AUGCGGGCCAAACUUCUCGAGCGCCCCAACGACAUCCUGACCGAUCUACUUGUCAUGGACACCUGGUCGGCGCUGCGCGAGUUCCAAGCGCGGUCAAUCGCAACGACGGGCAACCGAGACUCCCUCUUAGAGAAGGAAUUCAUCAAGGAGUUCCUAAUUCAAGUCCCCAUGCCCAGCGUCUUUGAGUGCUUGCAAGAAGCCAGCCAGAAGGGAUCGACGAACGAGGUGAAACUCGUGUGCCACUGCCUUGAGCGAAUCUUUCGCAGCGAAGUUGGUCCCGAAAUUCUCUUCCAAGAGUCGAUGCUCCCCUUCAUCGUUGCGGGUAUUUCGCAUGACGAAGUCGCGGCAAAGGCACUUACUCUCGACAUGUUGGACGUCCAUUUGACCGCACAAUAUCACGCGAGCAUGGACCAUGACAUCUUGCUGCAUGCAAUAUGCGACUGCCUCUUGGACGAGGACGCGGCGAUUGCACGUCGUGCAAGCAGCAUUCUGCUCAAGCUCGUGAGUGUGCCUGACACGGGCGUCUACCACAAAGUCCUCCUGCGCCUACGUGACCUCGUCGCCGACUAUCUCUCGCGGCCGUCACGGGAGAAUUCGGUCGAGUUUGUCCGGCUGCUCGAGCUCAUUUCGAGGUGUGCUGGCGUUAGCGACGCCGUCAUGCGCGAGAGUAUUGCGCUGGGGCUGGUGGAACCGAUUCUUGACGGCAUUGAGUCAUCCGACGCGCUCUUCCAGCUGAACGUCCUCGACAUUAUUCCGAAUCUGUGCACGACGCAGGCGGGUUUGCUGCACUUGUUCCAUUCUGACCUGUUGGCGCAUUUGGUGGCGUGUGCGACCAACCCUUUGGUGGGUGGCAAUGCGUUGCGAUUGAUCGGGACGUUUUCGACGCUGGCGGUGGCCCAACGAGUCGAGAGCUGGAAUUGGACCGAUGGGGCGCUCGCCAAAGCUUUCUUGGCCGCCGUCGAAUCGUCUUUCCAAGUGGGAGAUUCCCAGCAGCAGAUCGCUGCCAUGGAUGCCAUUGCUGCCUUUGGCAGUGCCUCGGACAAAGAACUAGGACUGCUCUUGGCCCACCGAAGCCUGUGCGACGCAUGGCUUUCCCUCGGCAAAUCGGCCUUGUUGGAAGCAAAAUCAGCGUGCUUCAUCUCGCUGGCGACCAUUCUCACUCGCGGCACACGCCUCUCGACGAGACCCAACGACGUCCUCGCCGACGAGAACGCGACGUUGUGGACGUUCCAUCGCCGCCUCUUCCAUGCUCUAGGGGGGUCCUGUGGACGGCCGAGCACGAUGCACCACCUCAUGGACUGCCUCCGUCAACCUUUUGAACCCAUUCGAGUCGGGGUGUAUUCGUUGCUGCAGACCGUCGCUGCCCAAGGACACCCGUGGGGGCUCGAGGCAUUGCAUGCGUACGGUGGAUUCAUUGAGUUCCUCGGGGACCGCUCCACAGAGCCGACAAAGAUCACGCGCGAAUGGAAGUUUGCCAUCCUCGACGCGAUCUUGGCAUCCAAGUUUCAGCACGUGUUCGGUGUCCGCGCGGUCGACGAACUGACCAAGGCAUUUGAACAAGGGCCGUACGCUGGCCGAGCGCAGCAUGCCGAGCCGAUGCUGGACGCGAAUUAACCCACACCAUCCGUUGAAGCUCAAACGUACAAUUAAAUAAGCUCGACUUCUUUCCCAAAAUCUCGCCAGUGCCGCGCACAGCUCCUGGUCUGGCGCACCAUUUGUCGGAGGUGCUUGUUGAUCGUCUCCGACGUUCGCCGCGCCAGACGUUCCCGCGUCGCCGCCUCCUUCCACCAUGUCGUGGUUCGUGCGAGGGUUUCUUCCAGUCGAACUUUCUCGGCUUGGAGGGACACGAUCUCUUCUCGGAUGCGCAUCCUGUGCUUCUUCGCCGACUUGGCGAUCUGGGCUCGACGUCGAGCCAGUUUUGCUUCCUUGGAGAGCGGGAAGGGCGGAGGUGGCUGUUUGCCGUUGCGGACGGGGAGAUCCACUUCGAAAUUGAUGCGAAGGAGCAACCCGUCGGGGUCGUUGCUCAGCACGUCGUGGAGGAGUUGGUUCUGGAGCAGCAACGAGCCGCGCAUCUCGAAAGCGAAAGUGCUCGGGAUGCGACGCCUCUAGCCCACACGUUGGCGCGGCAGCGGCAUUUGUCGCAUGUGCCCAAGUGGGAACGAGGUUG